AUGAGCUUCGCCGGGCUCAGCGGCUUCGACGGCUCCAGCGCUCCUCCCUAUGGCCAGGGGGCCCCCGCACAAGGAUCCCUGGGGGCCCCAGGAGAUCCGGGGGCCUCAGGGGCCCCUGGUGAAGUACGAGGUGUGGCGGACUUCUUCGGUGGUGGAGCGGCUCCUGGAUUUGGAGGAGGCAAGCAACGCAGCGCGCAACCGCAGCUUUUUAUAUUUGCACCACAAGGAUCCCUGGGGGCCCCAGGAGAUCCAGGGGCCUCAGGGGCCCCUGGUGAAGUACGAGAAGAUUAUUUUGGAGGCGGGGGUUUUCUGCAAACCGGAAACUUUCUCACGCAGGCGCAGCAGCCCUCUGGGCCUCAACUGUCUUUGAUCCCUGUGAAGAUCGCACAUGUCUAUAAGGCCUGGAUGCAGGACCCCAGCUCGCUGCAAGUGUCUUACUUCCCUUCUGCACAUGUAUAUAAGGCCUGGAUGCAGGACCCCAGCUCGCUGCAAGUGUCUUACUUCCCUUCUGGUCCCCUUCUGCACCUGGUGAAGCUCAUCGGGGUGGUGGAUGUUCCGUCUAGGGAGGCACUCGAAGCGGCUUUGCAAAGCGCGCGGAUUCAGUUUACCCUUGAUGACUUCACUGGAAGGAUCGAAUGCGAAUAUACAGUUGGAGAUGAACUGACCGAGUAUCGUCAAAAUCAAAUCCUUGAUGCCUUGUGUUGCGGGGGCCUAGUUACAAUUUUCGGUUCUAUCAAUCUGCUGGGCAAAAGCGAGCCUUCGCUCCGAGUGCAUGCAAUAAGGCAGACGCAAACGGCAGCGGACCUCAUCUACCACGAAUCUGCAUGCCAAGCUGCAUAUCUGCGCCUCAAAUACCCAAAUGAAGAGCUAGACAAUGCCGCGGCAGCGGGUCAGCAGCAACCCCUGCAGCAGCAGCAACAAGCACAACCCUUCGGAGUUCCGCAGCGAAUUCAGGGGGCCUCACACUCUGCCCAGGCAGCUUUCCCAUUUGGCUAA